CGACCCUUUCUCGGUAUGGAAAUGCUCAUGCUUUUCUUUUUAGGGUUUAAUAAAACCCUCUCACGAAGCGAGAGAGAGAGACAGCGAUAGAGACAGAGAGAGUAAUUGCGGUCGCAUUGGAAAAUGGCUUUCUGGGGAGUCGAGUUGAAACCAGGAAGGCCUUUUACUCACUCGUCCAACACAGCAAAAGGAAGACUCCACAUUUCCCAGGCGACUUUGGGAAUUGGCUCUGCCACUGCGAAAAGUGUGGUCCAAUGUAAUGUAGGGAACAGGAGCCCUGUUUUCUUGUGCUCUUUAUUUCCUGAGAAGUUGGAGUCUUCCCAAUUGAACUUGGAGUUUGAUGAGGCUGAUGAUGUUGUGUUAUCAGUUCUUGGCCCUCGAAGUGUUCACCUCACGGGUUACUAUCUUGUUGGUGGUCGUCAUUUUUAUCCAAAUGAUGAAUCGGAAUCCUAUGGAGAAGAUAUUGCAAAUACAGCAUCAGAAAGAUCUAAUCAUAGCGAUGAGGAAUAUGAGGAUAGUUUUAUCGAUGAUGCAGAACCAGAAGUCUUUUCAGCUUCUCCUGUUUCCAGUAGUGGAGCAAGUGAGGAGCAGAUAAAACAUAAGCAGCAUAAAAAUAGGCACAGACGACUUAGGAAGAAGUACAGAUUAAGGGAAUCUGAUGAAGACAAUAGUUCAGAAGAGAAACUAAUUCCUAGCAAUGCUGGUGUAGCAAUAUUGGACAGUGAAGAUGAGGACAAGUUACCAAUUGCCUCUCUUGGUAAUAAUAAGUGUGCUUCAAAGAGAACACAAUCAGGAGCAGAAGGAAAAGCUGACAUCAGCAAGAAGACCUGUGGUGAUGGCAAAAGUAUCACAGUACCAGAAAGAAAAGAUGAUACCGGUGUAGAUGAUGACCCUGAAAAAAGGAGCAGCCAAGAUGACCUCUAUCAGUUUGUGCAACGUUCUGAUGGAAUUGGUUCUGAAGAUGGUGCAGGGAUAAAUAAGAAAAAGAAAGAGCAUAGCAAAAAGGGAAAACCUCUAGAAGUUGAUCGCAAAGAAGAUUUUUUCUUUGGUAUGAUUAUCAAAGAAGACAAAUCUAAAAAACAUGACACAGAUCAUGAAAAGUUCAGCCAAUUGCCUUUGACUAAUGAAGAGGACAUGAAAACUGCCAAUUAUAAGGGAGCAAAACUGUCACAUGCCUCACUGCCUUCUACUGAAGUGGACCAUGCACAGCCAAAGAAAAGCAAAGUACGGCGAAAGGAGAAGGAUCGAGUUGAUAAUGAUUGUCAUGACAAUGUUGUUAAACAGAAUCAUAUUCAGUCAAAUAAGGUGGAGGCUGGCAGUGGAAGCAUGGAUCUGCCAGCGAGAAAUGAUAAGACCAAGAGCCAAAUCAAUGAUGAGGGAACUGAGUUGGCACCAGACUCCUUGUUGCCUACUAUGGACGUGAGCCCAGGAAAUGGUGCGAAGCUAAAGCGGAAGAGGAAAGAGCGGGAAUCAGACAAAACUUCUGAAAUUGAAAGCACUUGCAAUGCCCGUAAGGAAAAUGGAGCCCAGACUGGCAACAUUAGCCUGAGUCCUUCUCUGACAGACAAACAAAAUCAGACUUCUGGCAAUGAUGUUGAACAAAUUGCUGAUAUAAAUCAAUCAGAGGAGAAGAAAAGGAAGAAGAAAAAGAGUAAGAAAAGUCGAGAUCAUCAUGGGAAAGAUUUGUUUAGGGAAAUACCACCUGUGUCAGUCCACAAGAAUGAAUCUCUAGUGGACAGUGGGGUUAGCAAUACUGAAGACAAGUCAUCUAAGCUUAGGACCUUGUCGGGUGGAUUAGUGGUUAAAGAAGUAAAAGUAGGGAAAACAGAUGGAAAAAUUGCUGCUCCAGGGAAGAAGAUCAGUAUACACUACACUGGCAAGUUGAAGAAUGGACAAAUAUUUGACUCAAAUGUUGAGGGAAAGCCUUUGAAGUUUCGUCUCGGUGGAGGAGAAGUAAUAGAGGGUUUGAAUAUUGGUCUUGAGGGUAUGCAUGUUGGUGGCAAGAGAAGACUUGAAAUUCCGCCAACAAUGGGUUAUGGCAGUGAAGGAGAUGGUGAUAAUGUUCCUCCUGAUGCAUGGCUUGAAUACGAUGUUGAGUUGGUUAGAGUCCAUUAGCUUGCAGGGCAGUUAAAGGCUCCUUUUGGGCUUGUUUUACAUGAAAAGCUCCAAAUUUGUGCUCUAUAUUAGAUAAAAAUGAGUUCUUUUCUUGUUUUUUUCUCUUUGAACUGGUUGUAAAAAGGUUUCUAGUCCAGACUGCCCAGUAUACUCCAUCAGAUGGCAAUGGCAAUUUGGUUUUAUGGAAGAAUUUACCUUUUAAAAGCAUGAAAUACAGGUGGUUU